AUGCAGGGAGAAAGUGCAGUGGAUCCCAAUCCGCCCGCGGCCCCCGGCGACGCUUCUGAGGUGACCGCGGAGAGUAACCCGCCACUCUCCAAGAAACAGCAGAAAAAGCUCGCAAAAGCCGCAUGGCUCGCAGAAAAGAAAAAGGACCGCCGCGCGGCCGAGAAGGAACGCAAGAAGGAGCGGAAGCGCGUCCAGGCGGAGAGGCGCGCCGCAGGGGAGCUGGAUGAGGACGAGGAAACGGCGGAGAGGGAGAGGAGGAGCAAGCGGCAGAAGACGGACGUAGGACCGAAGAAACCAUUUAACGCGCGCGUGGUGGUUGACCUGGCGUUUGACGAGAUGAUGUCCGAGAAUGAGGUCAAGUCGCUCACGGCGCAGCUCGCAUACACCUACAGCGCCAACCGGAAGUCGUCGGCGCCAUUCGCGUCGCUCUUAUUCACAUCCCUCGAUGGGCGGACGAAAGAGCGGAUGGACGGUCAGGGUAACGCGGCGUAUCUGAGAUGGAACGGGGCCGAGUGGUGGGAAGAGGGAUACGAGCGGCUAUGGGAAGGGGAGACGGGGCAUUCGGAGGUGCAGCCAGUGAACGCGGAAGAGGCAGAGAUAGCUGGAGCCAGCGGCGAGAAGGUCAAAGGGGAGGAGUCGGGGCAACCAGGGGCAGAGGCGAAUACAAAAUCGGGACGAAGAAAGGAGCCCAGCCGGGCGAAGAAAGAUACAGUGGUGUACCUCACCGCGGACACGGACGAGGAGUUGACGGAACUGAAGGAAGGGGAGACUUACAUCUUGGGCGGUAUUGUUGACCGUAAUCGUUAUAAGAAUCUCUGCUUCAACAAGUCAAAGGAGCAAAAUAUCCGUUCGGCUCGACUGCCCAUCGGAACUUAUCUCGCAGAGAUGCCGACACGCAAAGUCUUGACUGUCAAUCAAACGUUUGAAAUCUUGCUCAAUUGGGUCGAGACUCGAGAUUGGAAACAGUCAUUGUAUGCGGUAAUACCGAAACGCAAGUUCAACACCGUUGGCCGUCGUAGAGGGGGAAAGAAUAUCGACGAGACGACCAACGAUGAUGGAGAGGAAGGACAAGAGGAAGGCGAAAACGAAGAUGGGGAGGAAGACGGCGAGGUAGAGGUUCGGGUUCUUGAUCUCGCAGAACUUGAGCAAGACGGCGAACAGUAG